AUGACAUUGCCAGCAAAUUUUAAAUUCAAAUCUACUGAAGAUCCUAAAAUCAUUGAACAAUUGUAUACCUUAUGUGGUACUGAAUGGGGUGGCAAAUUGACUCCAGAGCAAUUUGGUUCAGCACAAGCCAAGGGAAAUUUCAAAUAUGUUGACGAAGGUGGUAGGAUUUUGUCGUACUACAUCGAAGAUGUCAACACUGGAACAAUUGUUGCCACCACAUCAGUAAAGUUUUGUAAAGCCUUCUACAAGCCAGCAGACAGAUCUAGUGCAAUUUCGUCGAUCCCAGAUCCGUCGCUUUUUGGAGUAAACAACGCGACUGCUCUAUUGAUUAGCUUUGUUUUCACCCAUAAGGAUUAUCGUAAGUUGGGAUUGGCUGGACAAUGUGUCAGUAAGGCAAUUGAAGCAACCGAGAAAUUGAUUAUUAAAGAAAAAGUGGACUCCAGUGAUGAGUCUGUUGCUGAUAAUUUCAAGAAGAUGUCGAUUGCUGAUGGAACCAAUGAAACGGAUUUGCAAUUGGCAAACUAUUAUUUGAGCAAAGAAUACAUCUGGAUAUUGUAUUCUGGUGUUAACACUUAUUAUGAACGAUUUGGAUUCAAGUCAUUCCCUAUGGACUUUUAUGAAGUACCAAAUACGUUGUUGACCAACGAUGUUGAAUCUGCUAUCGAAAACUUGAUUAAGGAAUCGAAAGAAGAGAAACAACUGCCUUCAGGAAAGAGUAUCAGGUUAUUAUUGGGUGAUAAUCCCGCAGACCAAGAGAUUAUUCAGUUUAUUUUACAGAAUAAAGAAUUGAAUAUUGUAACUGAAAUUAACAAAUUGCAGUUUCAUCUGAAUUUGCAAAGUGACAGAAAAUCAUCUACUUCUUUGACAAAUAUGACGAAUAUUUUGUCGAUGUCAAAAUUGGGGUCAAGCACCGGUUUGUCUUCAGUUGCAGAAACAAAUGCAGCAGCUGCAUCAUCUUCUUCACCAGGGUCUCCAGGAGUGAGAAGGAAAUCAAGCGUUCACCACCAAACAAUUCCAAAAUUUGCUAUCAAACCCACUUAUGCUCACUAUCAGUCCAAUGCUACCGUGAACAAGGAAAUGUUUGAUUAUUUUAGUGAGGUUUCUCAAAAGUUUGCCAACAUACAAGGAGCUAUAGUUACAAAUGAAGUCCAACAAAGAUCUUAUUAUGCCUUGUGGUGUCCUUUGAAAGGCCAAUUUUUCAUCACUGGAAUGGGAGAGAUACAAUUCCAGGGUAUUCCUAGCAGUUUGCCUGCAAACCGUCCUAGACGGGCAUCUUCGUUGAGUGGAAUCAAUGAAUUGGGUGGUUACAAUUUCAAGGAUUUGGAGGUAUUGGUUUUCACUGCACUUCAUGUUGCUAAAAACCUUGAUACUCAUUUUGACAAGGUACACAUCUCAGUGAAUGAUUUACCAGAAGAAAUCCCCGAUCCAGUUAUGUAUGACUUUUUUAUAAAUUAUCUCCCAGCAUCAAUUCAGGAGUCAGAAGGUGUUAAAGAAGAAGCUAAAGCUGAGGUCAAAUUGUUAACCGAUGCUGCUCACUCUAUUCGUGUUUUGCCAAUGGUGAGGAAAUUUGGAAGUCAAAAGUCCGAGUUUGACUUAGAUUGGAUUGCUGAUGGUAUGUGGUGUUGGGGUUAG